AUGGCUGCCGCAGCAUUGGUGGCGAUGCCUGCAGGUCGCCUUGUGCUCCCGUUUCUCCUUCUGGCUGUCGCUUCCGCCGCCUACGACGCCGCCGGCCGGACACCCAUAGGUCGGACAAGCUUCCCCAAGGGGUUCGUCUUCGGGACAUCCUCCUCGUCCUAUCAGUAUGAGGGUGGUGCAAUGGAGGGGGGCAAGGGACCAAGCAUCUGGGACAACUUCACUCACCAGCACCCAGAUAAAAUUGCUGACAGAAGCAAUGGGGAUGUGGCAGUGGACUCCUACCAUCUUUACAAGGAAGAUGUACGCCUCAUGAAAGAUAUGGGAAUGGAUGCAUACAGGUUCUCUAUAUCAUGGACAAGAAUUCUUCCAAAUGGAACCCUGAGAGGUGGAGUCAACACAGAAGGCAUCAAGUAUUACAACAGCUUGAUCAACGAGCUCCUGUGCAAAGGUGUGCAGCCAUUUGUGACCCUUUUUCAUUGGGACUCUCCUCAAGCACUGGAAGAUAAAUAUGGGGGGUUUCUUAACCCUAAUAUCAUAAAUGACUAUAAAGAUUACGCUGAAGUCUGCUUCAGAGAGUUCGGAGAUCGAGUGAAGCACUGGAUCACGUUCAAUGAGCCAUGGGCUUUUUCCGUUGGGGCCUAUGCAAUGGGUGUGCUUGCGCCAGGCCGUUGCUCGCCCUGGGAGCUGGGAAAAUGUGAUGCUGGAGAUUCAGGUAGGGAGCCUUACAUUGCAGCCCACCAUCAGAUACUCGCCCAUGCAUCGGCCGUCAGAAUCUAUAAAGAAAAGUAUCAGGCCCUUCAGAAGGGGAAGAUUGGAGUAAGUUUAGUCUCUCACUGGUUUGUUCCCUUCUCCUGUUCGAAUUCUGACAAUGAUGCAGCAAGACGCGCUAUAGACUUCAUGCUUGGAUGGUUUAUGGACCCCCUCACCUCAGGAAACUACCCCAUGAGCAUGAGAGGAUUGGUCGGAAAUCGUUUGCCGCAGUUCACCAAAGAACAAUCUAGAUUGGUCAAGGGUGCAUUUGACUUCAUUGGAAUCAACUACUACUCUGCAAAUUAUGCUGAUGACCUUCCUCCAUCAAAUGGCCUAAAUAUCAGCUACAAUACUGAUGCUCGAGUUAAUCUUACCGGUGUCCGAAAUGGUGUCCCUAUAGGUCCUCAGUAUGCUUCACCUGGGCUCUACGUGUACCCUCAAGGACUCCGUGAUCUGCUUCUUUAUGUGAAGGGGCACUAUGGCAAUCCUGACAUCUACAUCACCGAAAAUGGCUUCAAUGAAGUCAAUAACAAAAGCCUACCACUCCAAGAAUCCCUCAUGGACGACGCCAGGGUGGAGUACCAUCACAAGCACCUUGACAUCCUGCAAAGCGCUAUAAGAGACGGAGCAAACGUGAAGGGGUAUUUCGCAUGGUCCCUGCUUGACAACUUCGAGUGGGUGUACGGAUACACCAUGCGGUUCGGGCUACACUUCGUGGACUACGACGAUGAGCGGAAGCGAUACCCCAAGCACUCUGCCCGCUGGUUCAAAAAGUUCCUGAAAAACUAA